UGGUCUGUGCGAACAGGUAGAACAGGCUGCGGUGAAGGAAGUCAUCCGGUGCCAAAGUGAGGAGGAGUGGACAUUUGAAGAAGAAGGAGGAGAAGGAAACAUGGCCGUCAACAAAUGCAUCAAAUAUCUUCUCUUCAUUUUCAACCUUCUUUUCUGGCUGAGCGGCUGCAUCAUCCUGGGCGUGUCCAUCUACCUGAAAGUCAGCAAGGAUGGCAACUCGAUCACAAGCGAGUCUCUUCCUGGCAUCGACCUGCUGAUCGCCGUCGGCGUCAUCAUCAUGGUGCUGGGCUUCCUGGGAUGCUGCGGCGCCAUCAAAGAGAACCGCUGCCUGCUGAUCCUGUUCUUCAUCAGCCUCCUCAUCAUCUUCAUCCUCCUGCUGGCGGCAGGCAUCCUGGGAGCAGUGGGCGAGAAGAAGGUGAAGGAUUGGGUGAAGGAGCGUCUGCAGAAGUUUUUGCCGCUGUCAAAUCAGCCCGAGGAUGUGAGGAAAGAUCUGGAAAAACUGCAGGAAGAGCUCAAAUGUUGCGGACUCAUCAACGGAGUGUCUGACUGGGACACCAUUCCCGCCUCGUGCCGCUGCACCCCCACAGAGUCCGAUUGCAGCGCCACCGGCGUGUACAGCACGCCGUGCUCCAGCCAGAUUAUCCGUCUGUUGGAAAGAAACAUGGAGGUGGUGAUCGGAAUCGCAUUCGCCAUCGCCAUCCUGCUGAUCGCUGGCAUGGUCUUCUCCAUGAUCCUCUACUGUCAGAUCACCAAGGAGAACGCCACCACGGCCUGAACACGUCCCUCAGUUGGCCCCCGGACAACCCUAUGCUUUUAUUUUGAAGGAAUGUUUGGACUUGAACUCCAUUUAUUGAUUUGUGUUGUUUUUCAUGCAAAUUUGUUGGAUUGUACCGGAGGUGACACGUGUAAAUAUAACAGGACCACAAAAGAUGACCAAUAAAAUGUGCUUUUUUUUUAAUUAUAAAAGUUAUAUUUUAGGCGAUCCAAUUAUGUUCUUGUUUUUGUCGUCACAACCAAAAUGAAAAAUGACUUUUAUUGAUUGAAGCUUUUAUUAUAAGCCAAACGAUUGUCUUAUCAACAUCAUUCUCAUCUUUGAGCCUGAUUUUUGAGAAGGUAGAACAUGUCACAUGACCGUGUUACAAGUUUCAUGUACGACAAGCUUAUCAAGACAAGUAAAAACGGGUUGAUACACUCGCUGCUGUUCCACUCCACGUUCUUGUGUCACUCUUCUCUCCUGCGGUUGUCAUCUGAAGAUGUUCUACUUCGCACCCAACCUUUCUAAAUUCUAUUAAGAUACUUCCAGCUGUUCUAAGAUGUUUCUAUAUAUGUUCUAGUUCUGAAAAGUUCUAUAGAUACUUCCAGCUGUUGUAAGGUGUUUCUAUACAUGUUCUCGUUCUAAAAAGUCCUAUUGAUACUUCAGCUGUGCUAAGGUGUUACUGUACAUGUUCUAGUACUAAAACGUUCUAUUGAUACUUCA